AAAGCCGUCCGGCCGUGGUGUCCUGUGGUCCAGAGUGGCGAAGCAAAACUGCUUGCUGUCGACGCACGGCAAUGGAGCCGGUGGGGAGAGUCCCCGGGGAAGUGCUCGCCGUGAAAGGCGCUGGGCGCUAGGUGGCUAGGUGACCAGACAACGACGCCUCUGCACAUUAAGGGUUCAUUGAUGGAGUCUCUCUACUCGCCCUUGGCACUGCAAAUCCCUAGGAACCCAUGGUUGAUGGUCGAGCCGUGGAGGGGUUUCGCUCCGUCGUCGUCAGUUUUGGCGUCACUCCCAGAGCAGAUCUUAUACGCCAUCCGUGCCCUGACCAGGGUCCUCGGCGUUUAGCCCCAGACCACCAGCCUCCAGUCGCUGGUCUCCAGCCCCUCGAGGGCUCGGCUCAACAAUUGAGUCGAGCCGACAACCCAGCAGCUCAAGAGGCCACAGGCGACCUCGGAAAUUUGGUCCAUCAGUCCAUCAGACAGUCUCCCAGCCCCGGCGCCGCAACAAUGCCUCUCUCGCCAGGCUCUUCCCGGCGAUCUGGCCAGGCAUGCUACCGCGGUUAACGCUGGCGACGGGUGCCACUUUGUAGGCGUGCCCACCAAAACCUCGUCCCGU